AAAAGGCGUUUCCACGUUUCAGCGCCCUGUCAGAGAACAGCGGACUUUAGAGCACACAGAUUUCCAGAGAUCACGACCGAACGUGAACCUAACAUUCCUCUGUUAUCAUCCUCCUGCUCUGACUGACAGCUGCCCUGACCCCUUCACGGCAGAGACUUAAACAGGCUCCUGAUCCUAAAGUGAACCAGCCGAGGUGGGCUUUAUUCCCCCCGCCCCUGCUCUGAGGCCGACAUCGACUGAUUCCCAGAAAACUCUCCUCCUCUGAUCCCCGCAUCUCCGCCUGCUUCUAGCUGUCUCGUUGUUGCUGCGCCCAGGACUAUGGCAGAGUACACCUCUUUGCUAAGCGACCUGUCUGAAAACAUAACCAACGAGGAUCUGGAGCAGCUCAAGUCGGCCUGCAAGGAAGACAUCCCCGAGGACCAGAGCAACAACAUCACCUCCUCCAAGGAAUGGUUCAGCUACCUGGAGAAGAACGACAAGCUUGCCCAAGAUAACCUGUCUUACAUUGAGCACAUCUUCGAGAUUUCUCGGCGGCCGGAUCUUCUGACUAGGGUGAUAGAGUACCGCACCACUGUGCUCAAGAUCUCUGAGGAUGACGAGAUCGACACCAAGCUAACGCGUAUCCCCUCUGCCAAGAAAUAUAAAGACAUCAUCCGCCAGCCGUCUGAAGAUGAAAUAAUCAAGUUGGCACCUCCACCUAAAAAAGCAUGAGCCAUCCCCACACCACCUCCAGACACACCUAUAACCACACAUAUACACUCACACCAUCCAUGCACCCCUUCCACCUUAGGUACCACACUCCAUGACAAGGGACCACGCAGGAUCGCGGCUAUAACUUCGACCUAUCAGACCGUAGCGAUGCAGCCUUAUCCCCAGCUGAGGGGGGAUGGGAAGCUGUGUAAAAAUAAAGACACUUCAAGAUAAAAUUUUGAGAUGGACCAACGUAGUCUGUGUAUGAGGAGAAAACUGAAGUCUAUCCUGAAUGCUGAGUGGGUCAGUUCUGAAUGAGUAUGUUUGUGAUGUUGUGUGUUCAAGUCACUUUAAGGUUGUCUAAAAUGAAUCAAAAAUGAUGUCUACCCAUGACCAAGCAGAAGUUACAAACCUUCCCGCUGAGCGAAAUAAAAUUAAAUGGCUAGAUUUAAUGAAACUCGAAUAUCAAAAUACGUUUGUGGUUAUAUGCAGUGAUACUUAACUUUAAGUAAGGUAUUUGUCUUUGCUAAAUCAAAUUACUUUAAAUACAAUUUGUCUGUAGCCAAACUCUUAAAACUGUAUUUAUUGAAAAUUCAAGGUUAAUAUUUCAACACACACUUAAAUAACCAAGUUAGUAACCAAGCUUUACAGAACAAAAGACAACCUCCGCAUAAGGUUGGAUAAUAGAUUAAUUAUAUGAAAAGUUGUCUUUAUUCUUUUCUGUGAAGGUGUUUGUUUUAGCUUGUAGCUAGCUACAUAAAUAUUCAAACGUGUUUUUUGUGAUAAGGAAAGUUGCCAAAAUACCUAACAUGUCUAUCACUUAGGCAUGACUUAGCGUUAGCGCUUAUCGCAGCUAAAGAGUGAGUUGUUAUUUUUGUCUCCAAAACUAAGCUAAGCUAUCUCCUGCUUAAUGAAGCAAAGACUGAAAAUCAGUUUCCUAAAACUUUAUCCUGACUCCUGCAAAUAUGCAUUUCUCUACAAAUUCAACUAUUCCUUAUAGCUUACUUAUCUCCAUCAAGUUACUUAAGGCUAAAUGCUAAUAUUAAAUUCAAUAAAAGGACCACUCUCUCUGUUUCUCUAAAGCUCAAUGAUCAUUCCCUUUAUGGUAUUAUGUUAAUAUGAGAGGGAUUUGUCUUAAGAGGGGCAUCCAUAAAAUCGCCAAUAUUUGCCUUUAGCUUAUGGUAGCUGCAAGAGUUAUUUAAAGUAGUUAUGUCACUAUAGCAUUUAUUUCUUCACUUGGAAAUUAAUUUUUAAGGGACCAGUUAGAGUCGAUGUUGUUUGUAGGGGCAGAUUAGAGAUGUAAAUAAAUAAUAUAUUACAAGAACCUACCGAAUUUUAGAACUAAUAUAAUUAUCUAAAUGUUUUGCUCCCUUGGGCAAAUUUAGCAAACUAGCUCUAGCAAGAACUACUGUGCAGUUAGCUUGGCAAAAGAGUGUAAAUUAAAUGUUACCUAAUUCAAAACUAUUUAUCUAUUUUGAAACAAAGCAAGAUUGGACCCUGCUUUUCAUAUAUAUAUAUUGGGAGAGUUAGAUAUAAUACGUUGACUUUUCAUGUACGUGAUCCUUACAUGUUUUAAACCUUUUCUGUGCCAAUGUGUUUGUUGUUCAGAGGCAAACUGACACGUGUAUAUCGGAAGGCCAUUCCAGGUAAAAACAAAAUCCGUUUUAUGUGAUCAUUGAUGUUAUUUACCAAAACAUUCACGUUGUAAUAUCAAUCCCCAAUGCACACAAAGGCUCAUUAUCGGACUAUGCCAUUUCCAACAUGCGCUGACACGAAGACAAGCUAGCAGACUGUUGAAUCUUAACUUUUAUGACCACUCUUCUGAACACUGUGUAUCUUUUUUCCCCACGACAAAGCCUUAGCAGAGUUUGCGUUUACCCCCAAAACAUUUUUCACUACUGUGAGCAAUUCGGCGUGUGGCAAGCAGAAACAGGCAUCAGCACACGCGUUAGGUCAAUCAAAGCACUUCUCCAUUUUAAAGAGAGUGAUGCAACUCUCCUUUUGAGAUUUGCUAUGGAUUUCGGUGUCAGUGAGUACAGAAUGUAUGUGGUCUAUUUCUGCAACCGUCUCUGCUGUCCUCAAAGCUGUAUGAUUUAAAGCUGAGACAUCAAGUGUCUCUCAGUUGUAUGACUAGUUAUUUACCCGAGCACUGACUCUCUCCUGCUUGUAUUCCACUAUGCUCCAAUUCAACCCUAGUGCCAAUGACCGAGACUUUUAGUUGGAUCACAGUUUGCGUGGUCUGUUUCGUUUUGCUUUAUAUAGCUUGACUUGUAUUGUAUUGCUGGAGAGAUUUGUAUCCUAUGCAUUAAUGUCUUUGAGAAAAAUCUGUCUAGACUGCUAUUUUACAGAAUGGAGAUCUUUGUUUUACGCCAGGGUCUUUAAGAUGAUCGUGGUUUUUAUGUUAAAAUAGUAUUAUUUUUUAAGCAUUUGGUUAGCUAAUAGGAAUUAACAGAGCACACCUUUAUGAAGAGGAAGGGGGGAAAAAAUCUGGAAACUGGGGUGAAAACAAAUCUGUUUUGGAACU